UCAUGUAUGAUUACUCAAUAGUGUAUUAUGCAAGCAAACCCUGAGACCAAGUAGCUUAGCUUUAUAGGGUAGAGGCAGGUCGGUAGGCCGGUAGCCGAGCAGUGAGUGUGGACAGAGUACGAGUGAGAGUGAGUGAGAUUCAACAUGAAUGACAAUCUGGACCCCCAAAGCGACCACAGCUCCGAUUACUUGUCUCACUUCCAGCCCCAGACCCAAGCCCAAACCCCGACGCAGCCCCGCCGUCCCCGGGGCUUCGCAGCCACUGCGGCCGCGGCUGCUGCCAUGACCAAUACUUCCGGCGCCGUUCCUUCCACUGCUGCCGCUGCUAGUACGGCUCCCGCCAAGGGUAAGAGAGAGAGGGAGAAAGAAAAGGAGAGGACGAAGCUACGGGAGCGGCACCGGCGAGCCAUCACGAGCCGCAUGCUGGCCGGGCUUCGUCAGUAUGGAAACUUUCCUCUCCCCGCGCGUGCCGACAUGAACGACGUCCUUGCUGCUCUUGCAAGGGAAGCUGGUUGGGUGGUUGAGACCGACGGCACCACUUACAGACACUCUCCUCCUCCCUCUCAAUUGUUAACGUAUCCUAUGAGGUCAGUUGACAGCCCUGUUUCGGCCACUUCUUUAAAGAAUUCUUCUGCAAAAGGAACAUUAGAUUCUCAAACACCAUCGGCUCUUAGAAUUGAUGAGAGCUUGUCUCCAACUUCUCUUGAUUCAGUUGUAAUAGCAGAGAAGGAGACCAAGAAUGAAAAAUACUCUAGCACAAGCCCCAUAAAUUCAGCUGAAUGCUUAGAGGCUGAUCAGCUUAUACAAGAUUUUCGCUCUACAAAUAAUGGGAACGAUUUUACAGGCACACCAUAUGUUCCUGUAUAUGUUAUGCUUGCGACUAGCACUGUCAACCAAUUCUGCCAGCUACUUGAUCCUGAAGGUGUUAGACAAGAGCUAAGCCAUCUGCAGUCUCUGAAUGUUGACGGCAUUGUAGUUGAAUGCUGGUGGGGUAUCAUUGAAGGCUGGAGCCCGCAAAAAUACAUUUGGUCUGGUUAUCGAGAUCUUUUCAACAUAAUUCGAGAGUUUAAGCUAAAGUUGCAGGUUGUAGUGGCAUUCCAUGAGUUUGGAGGAAGUAAAUCUGGUGACACAAUGAUCACUCUUCCUCGGUGGGUUCUGGAGAUUGGAAAGGAAAAUCAAGACAUAUUCUUCACUGAUCGUGAAGGGAGGAGGAAUACCGAGUGUUUGUCAUGGGGCAUUGACAAAGAACGAGUUUUGCAAGGAAGAACUGGUAUUGAGGUUUAUUUUGAUCUAAUGAGAAGCUUUCGAACUGAGUUUGAUGACCUGUUUGCUGAGGGCAUGAUUUGUGCUGUAGAAAUUGGACUUGGGGCAUCUGGGGAGCUUAAGUAUCCAUCUUUCUCAGAGAGAAUGGGAUGGAGGUAUCCUGGUGUCGGUGAGUUCCAGUGUUUUGAUAAAUACCUACAACAAAGUUUGCGGAAAGCAGCUAAAUUGCGAGGGCAUUCAUUCUGGGCUAGGGGACCUGAUAAUGCUGGUCAUUAUAAUUCUAGGCCACAUGAAACUGGCUUCUUUUGUGAAAGAGGUGACUAUGAUAGCUAUUAUGGGCGUUUUUUUCUCCAAUGGUAUGGCCAAUUGUUAAUAGACCACGCAGACAAUGUUUUGUCUCUUGCCAGCCUUGCAUUCGAGGAAACAAACAUUAUUGUUAAGGUCCCUGAAGUUUAUUGGUGGUACAGAACACCUAGUCAUGCAGCGGAGCUAACUUCUGGAUACUAUAACCCAACAAACCAGGAUGGAUACUCUCCAGUUUUUGAGGUUCUGAAGAAAUAUUCAGUGACAGUGAAAUUCGUUUGCUCAGGCUUGCAGAUGUCUAGCCAAGAUAUUGAUGAAGCUUUUGCUGAUCCAGAAGGUCUGAGUUGGCAGGUUUUUAAUUCUGCUUGGGAUCGAGGAUUGGCUAUAGCUGGAGAAAAUGCACUGACGUGUCACAGAGAAGGGCACGUGAAAUUAGUUGAGAUGGCAAAACCGAGAAAUGAUCCUGACCGUCGCCAGUUCUCAUUCUUUGUAUAUCGACAGCCAUCUCUAGUUCAAGGAACGAUGUGCUUCUCAGAGUUGGAUGACUUAAUCAAGUCCAUGCAUGGUGAAAUAGUUGGUGAUCUAGUUUCAUAAUAUUGGAAAUUUAUACUUAUGAGAGGACGUUAUCACUGGUAACCGCAGAUUUUGCAACCCACUGCCUGAAUUCAAUGGGAGACAUGAAGACAUUUUAGUUUUGCCUCCAAAGAACGAGGGUUCAUGAAUAUGGUCAGUCUCCGGUUUCCCUAUCAUUAUGGUCAAAGCUACUUAAAUCUUUGCAUCUCAUAAAUCACCUCUCCUUUGAAAUGAAAGGAGUUGGUAAGUUUUUGAUGAAAAUUCUUGUGGUCUAACUUAUAUAGAAGAUAUAUAGUGGCAUACUAGGUACCAUGAGAACUUAAUUAUAUCUGUACAGAUUGUGUAAAACAUUUUGUUGUGGAAGAAUUCCAAAUAUGAAGUCUAAGAUAGUAUUAUUAAUUUUAUCUUAGUUGAUGAGGUUUUUGCAUCAUCAGAGUACUUUUAUUUAUCUUGGAGGAUGUUAAAUAUGUUUGAAUAUAGAUUCAGCUCUGGUGGUUUAAUCAAUCCACUUGGAUUGGAUAAGUCCUUAAUUGUUGAAAUUUUAGCCAUAAAUUUGUCAAGUUUUCAC